AUGAAGGCUAAAUCGUUGCGUGAUCUUGUAUGGCCUGAACGGACUUAUGCUACGAACCUCACGACGGCUUUGAAUGCUGCCGACAAGACGAUUAUUGAUGAUGAAGCUCUUCGUUUCAUCCUUCCUCGGCCUGGCGGCCCUCUCGACCUGGCGGCCCUCUCGACCUCUGCUGCGGAAGACCCAAGACUGAAAGUCGCUCUGACGUUGCAAAACCCAGUCAACGGCGUCAGCACGGCUCCAGACGGCCGUCUGUUCGUCCUCUAUGCGCGUGUCGAUGGGUCCACUGGGCCUCAAGUCGCCGAGUGGCACAACGACAGCAACCCAACGCCGUACCCGAAUGCAGAAUGGAAUUCGUACGGGCCGGGAAAGGACCCGGCGACGCAUCUCAUACGUACCAAUUCUCAACGCAUCGGCCCAGAUGGUACGUUGUGGUUGGUAGACACUGGAUCGCCGGGCAUUGGAGAACCGGUCAUUUUACCAAAGGGUCCAAAACUUGUUCAGGUCAAUUUGACCACGAACAAGGUGACCAGAGUGUACAAUCUCGGCAACGUCACUUUGACCACCAGCAUUAUCGACGAUCUACGAUUCAACCCGUCAGCCGGCCUCGCGUAUAUUACAGAUGCCGGGGCGCCAGCGAUCAUCGUCCUCGAUCUCGCCACCGGCGAGGCAAGGCGACUCCUCGAAGACGACCCGACCACGAAAGGAUUCAUGCCAGUGUCCGCCGAGGGCGGGCUGCUCCGCGGGCCGACGGGCGGCUAUUUCUACAUCUACGCGGACCAGCACGAGGUCUCCCCGGACGGGAAACACUACUACUACCAGCCUUGCGCAGGUGGAUUGUCCCGGAUCGAAACCCGAUACCUCAACGACGCCUUUUACAACUCGACCCUCGCCAGUGUCCUCUCGCGGUAUCCCGAGCCGUACGCUCUGACGCCCUCCACCGGCGGCACCGCCAUCGACGCCGAAGGAAACAUCUACAAUAGCGAUACGAACCGGCAAGCAAUUCUGAAGAUAUCCCCAAACGGAACUUCGACUAUACUUGUCCAGGACCCUCGUCUGCUCUGGGUCGACGCGAUGUGGAUAGACACUUAUGGGCAGCUGUGGAUACCUGCGGCGCAGCUCAACCGCGGUAUACCUUUCAACAACGGCUCGAACCAUAUCCAGAAGCCGCUCUACGUCUACACCAUCGACAUUGGAGUUGGGCCGUCUCCUAUCGACCACGCUUAG